GACAUUUCCGAAAUUACGUUGUAGUGCUUGAGACGCCAUUUUUGUUCUCGUUCGUCGGGGACUUGGGAUCAGUUCCGUAAGUGCGGGAAUAAGUGUUUUUUUUUGUGUUUUUAGGUCGUUUGAAAUAUUUCACCGAUGUCAGCCUAGAGUGCGUGUAUUUAAUUUAAUGAGGAGCAAUUCGAAGUCGAGAGAGAUGAAAAGAAGAAGUUCGAGCAGGGAUUCUCCACCCUUGAGGAGUAAACGUUCUAGAUCGAGCAUCGGCCGAUACGAGGGCAGUUCCGACGAAAGGGUGACGCCGGACCGUUUGAGGCGGAGGAGUAGAGUGAGGAGUCGGACUCCGAGGAGGUACAUCUCUCCUCCGUCUCACAGGGACAGAGACAGGGAAAGGGAAAGAGACAGGGACAGGAGCGAUUACAGCAGAUCGAGGGACGUUGACCGUUCCUAUCCGAAUUACAAGGUUUUAUGCGUCAGUGCCCUUCAUCCGAAGGCGAGUGAUGAUGUUAUAAAAGAGACCCUUUACAGGGAGUACAAAAAGUUCGGGGACUUGACGAUCCGUAUAUCGCACGAGUUAGACGAUCGUGUUGCUUACGUGUGCUUCAGAAAUUCCGAAGAUGCUCGCGACGCGAAGAGGAGCAAACCUAGGAUAAUUCUGUUCGACAAGUCGGCUCUUGUCGAGCCCGUCUACGAAAGCAGGAGCUCCGAGUACCAUCCGCGAAGCAGGACCAGGUCGAGGAGCAUCACUCCAGAUAUCCACCAUUAUUAUCGCUCCCCGGAGCACAGGAACCCUCCAGAUCGUUACGACAGGAUGUAUGCUCCGCCCCCGAUGCCGUACAGAGAUUACAGGCACGAUGUACCACCUAUUCACCACGACUUCAUCAGAGGGCCUCCGAUGCACCAUUUGCCACCGCAUAUGCCUCCGGGGCCUCCGCACCACUACGGGCCCCCGAGGCACAUAAUGCACUCUUUCCGACCGCCUCCUCCUCACCUCGAUCACAAAGUUGAAAACAAGAAGGAUAAGUUUCCAAAUUAUCUCCACCACGUCCCACCAGAGGAUGAUCCACUUGCGACGAGGACCUUGUUCGCGGGCAACCUCGAGGUGAACAUAUCCGACGAAGAACUGCGAAGGAUUUUCGGCCGUUACGGCAUUGUCGAGGACAUUGACAUCAAGCGGCCUCUCCCCGGGACAGGCAAUGCUUAUGCCUUCGUACGUUAUCAAAAUCUCGAUAUGGCCCACAGAUCGAAAGUCGAAUUGUCCGGUCAAUAUAUCGGUAAAUUUCAGUGUAAAAUCGGUUAUGGGAAAGCCACUCCGACCACUAGAAUUUGGGUCGGGGGUCUCGGCUCUUGGACUUCGUUGUCUCAACUCGAGAGGGAGUUCGACAGGUUUGGCGCUAUUAAAAAGAUAGAUUAUAUAAAAGGUGAUACCCAAGCUUAUAUUCUGUAUGAUUCAAUUGAUGCCGCAACGGCUGCUGUUAAAGAGAUGAGGGGAUUUCCUCUCGGUGGGCCUGAACACAAAUUACGGGUAGAUUUUGCCGAUGUCAAUCCUGUGCCUCCAAUGAAGCCCAAACCCCUACCCGGUGAAGAGAUAGGAGGUGACUUCCGAGCCCGAGACGCCUAUUCAUACAUGGAUCCUCACUAUGAAUCAUGGGCCGAGGGAGAGUAUUACAGAGGCUAUCGAGGUAGAGGCGGCGGUUGGGAAGGGACAAAUAGACGCGGUGGCAGAGGGGCGUACAGGGGUUACUCUGAUGAAGAGUGGAGACGUUCCGAUGAAUACGAAAGGUAUAAGAGAUCUUCCACAGAAAGGUCGCCCAGGGCUCGUUCAGUCGAUUCUGACGACCUUUCUUCUAUUCGCAAUCUGUCCGAUCUCGCUAAAAAAUCAUCAACGACAUGGAACGGAGCACUUAUCCUAAAGAAUUCGCUUUUCCCUGCGAAAUGCCAUUUGACAGACGGAGACGCUGAGAUAAUAGACAUUCUCAUGAAAGACGAAGAGAACAAACCUCUGCUCCGUAUCACCCAGCGUCUUCGCCUUGACCAGCCGAAGCUCGAUGACGUUUCAAAACGGAUAUCCGGUUCUUCCUCGCACGCGAUUUUCCUCGGCCUUACCGGCUCUAACACAGUCAGUUCCGUCAGUACUGACACGACAGUUCAAACCAGGCCUCUUCGCAACCUGGUUUCUUACCUCAAACAGAAAGAAGCAGCUGGAGUGAUUUCCCUCGUGAACAAAGACACAGAAGUAACCGGCGUACUUUAUGCAUUUCCGCCUUGCCAGUUCUCAGCUGAUCUUCUCAAAAGAACUGCCCAUGGCCUUUCUCAAGAAGCGUUAAAAGAUGAUCAUUUAGUCAUUGUAGUAGUGCGUGGAGGGACUGCUUAAAUUUGUGUCGAAACAUUGACAUAUCUUAUAAUUUUAUUGAUUGAUAUAAAAAAGUGAAUUAGUGUAUAUAAUAUUAUAUAUUAGUUAUAUGUUUAUAUUCUUUAUUUUAUUUUAUAAUUUUUUUUCUUUUAAUUUUAUCUUAAGCCGACCACAGUUCAAUUUUUCAGACAAAGGAAAUUUAAUUAUAUAUACAUAUAUAAUUUUUUUAUGAUUAAAUUUAUAAAAAUUGUGGUUUCUGGUUUAUAGAUAAUAUUUAAGUAAUUUUUGUAUUGUAGUAUAAACCAAGAAAAGUGUUAAAUUAAGUGAUAGUGUAAAAGUGCAGUUAUUUUACCAUCUACAACUUAUACAAUUUUUUUUUCUUAAUCAAUUUUUUUUUAUCAAGUAUAAAUUCAACGUGAAAAAAGAUGAUUUUGCUAAACACAAAUAUGUGCUAAGUGAGUUAAAAAGGUGCGGUGUGGUAAAUUUGUGAAAUUUUAGAGAAAAUAGAUGGCUAUGCUUUAA